AUGAUGACUAAUGCUCAGAUUGGGAAUCUCAAUAACGCUCACAUUGAAGACGAGAGAUUCCUUUCAGCCGACAAUUUUGCGGUUAGUUCUGGUAAUGACAACCCUUCGAAGGAUAAUGAUCCAGGGUUGAUUUACGACAUUGAACCUGGAGACUAUGUUCCCAAUCUGUGUGGUCUGAAAUACACUAAUCGACAGAUGAAUGUGAUUUUGCAACCAGUGCUUAAGAGCGCACACUCGAAUUGGUUUCCUGCCGCCAUUAAGUCAGCAAUGAUGACUACUUCUCAUAUUGCGAAUCUCAAUAAUGCUCCCAUUGAGGAUGAGAGAUUCCUUCCAGCCAACAAUUUUGCCGUCGGUUCUGGUCAUGUCAACCUUCCAAGGCUAAUGAUCUUGGGUUGA